AUGUCACACGUACACCCACUUUACCUCAUUGGUCCUGCCCCAUGUCUCAUGCAGACACGGGGGAGACCAAUCGCCCUACUAGCAGCAGAAUUGGCCUAUGAGAUUGACAGCCUAUUGGAUCUGUCUAAAAAUGUACACCUCGAUGUACCUGACGAUAUUUCCGAACAAUCUAAUGCGCCUAAAAAAGUGGAUCUACUCGAUGUAUGCGUGCUUGAGAAGUCUAAUAUUUGCUAUAAAUCUAAACUUCUCUCGUGGGAUCUACUGUCCGAGUCGCUUUGUCCAAAGAACACUAUCAAUCCAGUACUCGAACAAUUAAACCGCUCAAGCUCGGAAGAUGACCAACAGCCGGGUGGAACCAUCACUGUGCCCUCUGUGCUCGAGUACCAGUUUACCCCUCAAGCCCAAGCCUGCUGUGACGGGAAUUGCAAUGGAGGCUUGAUUGGCCCUCACGCAUGCAAACGUGACGGGAAGGCUCUUCGUAUUACCUGUCGUAGCAAAUCUUGCACGGCUGGAUUCACUACCAAGCAUGGCUUCAACCGUCACUGUCAAUCGGUGCAUAAGCUCGGGAAGCCCAUCGAUUGCGAAGUCCCUGGGUGUAAUGAAGUGUUUACACGUAAGGUCAACAUGAUUCAGCAUUUGCGGACUGUUCACGAAGCCUAUGUUCCGAUUAAGAAGUAUCGGAUGAAGGGACAGGCACGGGGCUAUGGUCAUUGA